CGGUAGAACAUAGUAUCGAAUAAUGUAGUUUCAGUGAGUGCUUCUGUAAAGUCAGUACUUUUUGUUACUUAAAGCUGGAAAUAACCAUUUCAAGGGUCCAUGCCGGUAGUGCUUAGUCAUGUGAUUAGUCUUUAUUCAUGUAAAAAAAAAUCCCAUUGACUCAGUGUUUCUACUAACAUAAGUAAGGAAUUCAGUAUUUUGGUCAUCUCAGAGCAAAGUACAGCUGUGGUUAUCAUACAGAUGUCUUCUAGAAACAUGGCGGGCCAACACAUCCUUCCUCAAGCUUUGUAUCAGAGCAAUAUGCUGAAGGCUAUGAAGAUCAGAGAGAGGACACCUGAGGAUCUAGUCAGACCUCCCAGUGGAAUAAUUCAUCACUUCAGGACUAUGCACAGAUACACCAUUGAAAUGUUCAGAAUGUGCCAGUUUUGUCCCCAGUUUCGGGAAACACUUCAGAAGUCCCUGACUGACCAGGCUACCCAGACUUCACUGGAGCGCCAGAGGAAGCUCAACUGGUGCAGGGAAGUUCGGAGACUUGUUCCUUUGAAGACUAACGGUGAUGGAAAUUGCCUUAUGCAUGCUGCCUCGCAGUACAUGUGGGGUAUUGAAGAUAUCGACCUUGUCUUAAGAAAAACAUUGUUUAGUGCUCUCAGGGAGAUUGACACACGGAACUUCAAGCUCCGCUGGCAGCGGGAGGCUGUUAAAUCCCAAGAGUUUGUAGAAACGGGACUCCAUUAUGACACCCGGAACUGGGAGGAGGAGUGGGAAUACCUCAUUGAAAUGACCUCCCCAGAAGUAUCUGGGGCUCAAAACAGGCUUCCCUAUAAUGCACUGGAAGAAAUCCACAUCUUCAUCCUUGCUAACAUCCUCAGAAGGCCAGUCAUUGUCCUUGCAGAUAAAGUGGUUAGAAGUUUAGAGUCAGGCUCCAGUUUUGCUCCUCUGAAUGUUGGUGGUGUUUACUUGCCUCUCCUGUGGCCAUCUGAAGAAUGCUACAGAUACCCAAUUGUGCUUGGCUAUGACAACAUGCAUUUUACACCACUGGUGACUCUGAAGGACAGUGGGCCAGAAAUCCGGGCUGUCCCUCUGGUUACCAGUGAACAAGGCAGAUUUGAGGAUUUGAAUGUGCAUUUUCUGACAGAUGCAGAAGAGAGGGAGAAAGAGCAGCUGCUAAAAGACUACUUGAUAGUGAUAGAAAUUCCAGUGCAAGGCUGGGAUCAUGAUACAACUCAUCUAAUUAAUGCUGCAAAGUUAGAUGAAGGCAACCUACCCAAAGAAAUAAACCUCGUGGAAGAUUACUUUCAACUGGUACAGCAUGAGUACAAGAAGUGGCAGGAGAAUGCUGAACCUGCUAGAAGAGAGACAUGUUCCAGGAACAGACAGGACCUGUCACUUUCCCAGCUCUCCCUCUUACAGAUGAAAUGUGAAACGCCAAAUUGCCCUUUCUACAUGUCUGUGAACACCCAGCCCUACUGCCACGAAUGCUUUGAGCAGAGGUCCCAAGGGAAAAAAGGCAGAAAGCAGAUCUCCAAAUCAGCACCUGAGAAGCUGAAGGCAGCUGGGUCAGGCUCCUCCCGUGGGGGUAUUUGUGAACCUGGGGGAUGGACGUCUGAAGGGCCUGUAACAGAGCCUCGCUCUGCACCUCCGACCGCUCCGAGCCUUUUUCUGUACAGUGAAACCACAGCCAUGAAGUGCAGGACCCCAGACUGCCCCUUCACAUUGAAUGUGCAGCACAAUGGGCUGUGUGAACGCUGCUACAACUCCAGACAGCUCAGUCCCUGCAACAACUUGGAUGACCAGAGACAUUUGGACUAUGCCACAUGCAAAAUGUGCCAUCAGAAGGCCAAGAGGACCUUCAAUGGUAUAUGCAGCACUUGCUUCAAAAGGUCUACAGAGCAGUCCCCAAAUGGCAGUCCCGCUUUUCUGCCCACCUGCCACCAGAGAUCAACAUCUGACCCGUCCCAGAUCUCACAGAUCCUGCACCAGCACUCCUGCCAUCAGGCUCCCAACAGCCAUGGCAAGGAGCCCUCGCCACCAGCACUGCCUCUGGCGGAGAACAGGGAAGGCACCCUCUGUAGGAAACCUGGUUGCAAGUUUUUUGGGACAUCACAAAAUGAGGGCUUUUGCACGCUCUGUUUCUUUGAGUACAGGGAAAACCAUGACAGUGUUUUGCUACGCCACCAGAGGAGAUCUCAGAGGAAGUCUUCGGCAGCAGAUCAGAUGGGGAGCUCUGCUGCCAGCUUCCGUAACACUGUGUCCUGCCAGCGGCGUGACUGCGGCACCCUGGGCAGCACCAUGCUCGAGGGGUACUGCCAGAACUGCUUCAUUAUAGCCCAGAGCCAGCGAUUCCAAGAAGCCAGAAGGACGGAAGAACAGCUGGUGAGACAGCCAGAAAGAACAGGGCAGCACAGAGAUGUGCAGCGAGCAGCAUUGAGUACCCAGAAGAGACAGUGUUCUGUGGCUUCGUGUAGAAACAACAUGGCCUGCAGAAGUGAUGAUCUGUGCCCGGAGUGCCGGCGCCUUGGUCAGCUGCCACCGUCGAGGAGUGCCAGGGAGCCGGUGGCACAGGAGCCUCCCAAGCAACGCUGCCGAGCCCCUGCCUGUGACCACUAUGGCAAUGCCAAGUGCAACGGCUACUGCAAUGAAUGCUACCAGUUCAAACAGAUCUAUGGCUAGUGGGGAACAAGAAAGCAAUACUAGCUACUUCCUUCCCUGAAAUGGUGCUACGUCCAAAACACUUAACAGUCCUGGAGUGGGAGGGUGGGGGGAAACAUAAGCUGUCUGCUCAGAUCAUGUUUAUUCCCAAGAAUGGGAAUAAAUUUCUACUUCCUCUAAACACUGCAUACAAGGACUGCUGAGAACGUCACAUUGCCUUCUGCACAGAGCUCUCGUUCAUGACUAAGCUCCUACAAUGCCAUAUUUAAUUCUUGGACUUCCCAGGAGGAAGUGUGAAGCAUUUGAAUCCAAAGAACUUCCCAGUUCUGCCUCUUUCUCAAUACAUCCCCUCUCCCAGGCAAGGAGCCAUGUCUACUGUCAGAGGUGCAGGACCUUUUUAUGUUUGCAUACGUCAGUCAGGGGCAAGUCCUUCCUGAAGGGGAAUUACCCAGGACAGACUUGCACAAUUUCCAGCUGGCAUCUGAAGAAAAGUGGUUUGAUUUGCCCGUGUCCUUGCUGUUCCUACAGAGCUUGCCAGGGCAGGAGCUCCCAUGGGGAUUUAGGGUGAUAACAGCAGGCAGUUCUGUGUUUGCAGAGCCCUCAGCAAACCACAGCCAGAAACAAGACCAGCACUGGUCUGCUCCAUAUGCUUCAACAUGCUUAACCUACCCAGCAUUUAGACCCUUUCCCCAGAUCCCAAGACAACUGGAAAGACAGAAGCUGCAGAAGAAAUGCAUGUGAUGGGGAAAAUGAAUCCUGCCAUUUCCCACUUGAGUGGAAGGAAUUACCUCCAACAGACAUGAAAAACCCCAAAGCCCUUUGUCUUCACUUCUGAAACAAGAUUGACUCUUGUCUCUCUUGCACUGCAGCUGUCAGGAGUGCGUGUGUGCUGUUCAUACCCUCCCUCCCCAUUUCUGUCACACUUUGUCAUCCUUAAUGUGAUUCUGUUACCAUGCAAACAGCUGGGAGCUCAGUAACAAGAGUUCUUCAGAGCUGAGAUUUUACUCCUGAAGUUUAUGCAUCCACUUCGCAAUCUGCAAUACUUUCUUUAGCAACCUCAGCCUGUUACCUGCUUCUCUCUUCUCCUUUUACACCUUUUAAGUUUUCAGCAUCUGUUUUGCUGCUAUGAUUUUGGAGGUGAUACCUCUUCUAAUUUGCUUCUCAAGUUUAGAAGCUUUUUCUAGUUACUAAAAAAAACCCAGUUACUAAAAAGAGAAAAAAAUUAAAUAACUCAUGACUUAUUUCUGUUAAAUUUUAUAUAUUUUGUGAACCUUAAUGUGAACGUAUGUUUUAUUAAAAUAUUUAUAUUAUUUGAAACAAUGCAAUUUGAAAUUUGCAC